GAGCGGCUCCGCAGGUCCACCGACGCCCGCGAGGACGCCCUCCGCGACGAGGUGGCCGCGCUGCAGCAGCGGGCGAGCGGCGAGAUCGUGGAGGCCUGCCAGAGCAGCCUCCAGGGCGAGCUGGCAGCGGUCCAGAAGCGCAUCGCAGCGGAGCUCCGGUCGGAGAUGCGGGGGCUGCUGAAGAGCGAGCAGUCCGCGAUCGCCGCGCUCGACGAGCAGCUCUGGCGCACCGACCAGCGCCUGGGCCAGCGCAUAGACGAGCUGGCACAGGCCAGCGUGCACGGGGACGGCGUGGCCGCGGCCGCGCGCUUCGCGGAGCCCGUCGCCGGAG